UCUCGUUUCAGGUCACUUGCCCUUCCUCAUGUCUCCAGUCUGAUUGUCUUCCCAACCACCUGGAGAAUAAAACUCUAUAUUCUCUCACUAUCUCUGCGUCUGAGUCCUGCGUAAGCCGAAACCUGUCAUGUGGUUAUUCAAAUGGGUUCUCUCCUUCCAGGAAACAAAAGGCAAAUCAUACAAUUGGAUUAGUCCAAUCCCUUUCACAUGCUAAUAUAUCAGGAUGUGCAGCUCCAAAGACACAUUGCACUGAGGUCAGAGAACACAGAUCAGACCAACACUCACUGCAAACAGAAUCUUUACACAACUAUCAGUUAUUAGAAUAUCAGUUUAAGAUACUGAGCAACUUUCAGGUAAGGACAAAUGCGUUGACUGUUUGAUGAGUUAUAACAGAUAGUUUUAUGAGUACAUUAGUAUUCAGUAUAAUGCAAUUGUCAGCUGUGUCCAACAUUUAUACAUGAUAGAAUUGUUGAUGCAGAUGUUGCUGAUGUAAAUCAGAAGCAUGCAGAAGUUCUUUAAUUGUAUCAUGUUGACUUUAUAUCUGUCUUACUUUGCUUUAAUAUAUUCAUACUCACCCUCUUUUUUCACUGUAGAGAUUGGGAUCUCCACAAAUACACUCACCUUAAUAACAAACGUAAUGUAUACAGUAUAUGUCUUAAUUGGUAAGACAGCACACUGAACUGUAGUACAAGCGUGGGGCCAUAGUGCUUAAGUACUUCCAUUUCAUGCUAUUUGUAACAUUUGUUGAUUUUUGAGAAUAUACAGAUCAAUUCAGUUGGUACAUCAUGAGGUGGACUGCGGUUCUAAUGGUGGGCUUAUCAGGUCAGUAUGAGUCAUUUAUUUCCACAAACCUCAGAGUUCAAAUGUCUUGCAUUCAUUUUCCUGUGAAUUCAUGUCAUUGAAAAGUUGAGCCAGAAGUGAGCAUGCAGACCAAAAAUAUUUGAAGCAACUAUUAUGGGUUUUGGUAAGUGUGAGACAAAGUCUCAAAAAUCAAAGGUGGUGUCUAUUAUUUGCCUCUUGUCUUUUUCUUACUGAAUACACGCAUCGCAUCUAAUGACCUACACAUUUGUCACAUACUCAGAUGUUUGUGUUGUACAAAAUAAUUAUCAUCAUCAUCAUCAUUACCACAGGACUGUGUUUUCUGCCUGCCUGUUUUCCUCGUUUCUACAUCCUUGUUGAAGAGAAAAUGACAUGGAAUGAUGCUCAGAGCUACUGCAGGUGGAAGUACACCGACCUGGCCUCUGUUCGUCAUCAGAAAGACAUGGAUAAGCUCAGGGACAUUUUGCAUGAGAAGUCCGACGUCUGGAUUGGUCUGCAUGCUGACCCUGAGGCGUGGAAGUGGUCUCUGGAAAACCAGGAUUCCCAUGAUGAAGGAGAGGCUGGGUUCAGGAUGUGGGCUCGUGAUGAGCCCAGUGGUCUACUGUACUACACACUCUGUGCAGGAAUGGAAAUUAGUGGUGAAUGGGCAGAUCACUUGUGCUCAGCUUCAUUGGAAUUCAUUUGUUACAACGGAACAGAAGGAAGAAAGAACUCAAGUUUCAUCCUUGUGAAUGAGGCCAAGAACUGGCCUGAGGCUCAGAGUUACUGCAGGAAGCACCACACUGACCUGGCCGAUGUGAGGAACCAAGCUGAGAAUGACCAGCUGAAGACGAUGGUCCACAACCAACACACAUGGAUCGGCCUCUACAGAGACUCGUGGAAGUGGUCUGACGGGAGCACACAUACAUUUGUGAAUUGGGCUUCCAGUGCACCAUCCACCAUGCAUAUAGACUCUUGUGUCAUUUCAAACUCUAACAAAUGGAUUAACCGGGGGUGCCAGAGCCUGUAUGAUUUUGCAUGUUACACUGACAGAUUCCAGAAUAACCAGGUAGUGCGGGUGGUGCUGAAAAAAACGGACUCCUCUGUGGACAUGGAGGGAAUGAAGUAUGACAUCUUGAAAGGGUUUAACCAGAAACUGAAGGAUCAUGGUCUGAGUGAGGACAUCAACCUGAAAUGGGUGAAGCAGCCUGAUGGGAAGAUUUUCCACAGGGAGGAAAGGGAGGAGGAGGAGGAGGAGAAGGUCUGUGACAACAAUCCUAACAAACUCUGGAACUGAAUUGAAACUGAAUGAAAAAACGCAAAGAAAGUCUCAAAGGAUGAUUGAUUUUCCAUCCUCUACAUCUGUGCUCAUGGUUUUCAUGCUAUUAAAGUACACACAUAUAGUUACAGGAUCAGCCACACGCACAGUUUGACUGAUUAUUUUAUUAAUAUUAUGUUGUUGGUUUUUAUUUCAAAAGCUUUUAAUUACUGCCUUACAUCUGUCACUCAUUCUUCUUUUGCUUGUUAGUGAAAUGAAUAUAGUGAGUAUGAGAUGAUUAUGAUCAUCAUCCUGAAAUACUUCUUAGACUAGAAUUUUGAAAGUGAUUCUGUGUUGUGCUUGAAGCCAGUGAAGUGAUUUCAGUACCAGAGAAAUAUGUUUCAGCAUUCUGGAUGCUGCAUUUCAAAUGAGCUGGGGCUGUCCUCCUGACAAUCAUAUUCAGCAGGUCAGCUAAUCCUGCAGAUGUACUCUAAUUACAGAAUAAUAAAAUAAUGCUGAAAGAUUUUAAGGUUACAGAAAGAAAGGAGCCAGUGAAGUGGUCCUCUGUGUGAAAGUCUGACACUUUGCACCCUACUUCUAGCUUUGUAUGUCAGAGGGAAACUGCAUGAGGUAGCUUGUCAAAAAAUCCAACACACUUGUGGCUUUUAGAGUUGGAACAAAGCACCAAGGCUGUCGUAAUGACAACAGUUUCUGCAUUAUAUUAAAACAUUACUACCUUCUGUAAGACUACUUGUUUCAUAUCUUGCAGUUGCAUUGAUUUGUUUGUUUUCAAAACCCCAUUUCCAAAACGACUGGGGCAAUGUAAUGAAUAAUAAAGACAGAAUGCAAUUGUUCGCAAACAACCUUUUACCUACAAGGCCCUUGCAAAGUGUCCCUGAGCACAUAAUAUCCGUCAUAGUAUCUUGUGUUUGACAAAGUGGUGAACCUCGGGCCAUCACUGCUUGUGACAGCUUUUCAUACCCAGUCAUGAUACUAUCAGCUGUUACCAAUGAACCUGUUUACCUGUGGAAUGAUCCCAACAGGAGUUUUCCGAGCAGUACACAGCUUUCCCAGUAUUUUGUUUUGCCUGUCCCAACUUGUUUGAAACAGGGGCGCUUCGCAACGCUGCUCUCUUUGUUAGGAGAAUAUUU